AUGGUAACCAUAACCAUAACAAUCAAGGGAACUAAUGGGAAUCAAAACCAAUACUACCAAGGGGGGAGUUCUAAUAACUGGAACAAUUGGAAUAAUAAUGGUAAUAGAGGCUUUAACAACCAAAAUGCUAAUUCAAUUGUGAGAGGUCCAAGAGCACAACAAGACAAUUAUUACACUCAAGCACCUCCACAAAAGUCUAGCCUAGAAGAGAUGAUGGAAAGCGAAGCUAAAAUGUUUAAUACCUUCAUGGCCACUAGUGACAAGUUUCUAAAGGAUAUUGUGAGUGGAAGAAGAAGUUGUGAUGUUGUUGAAACGGUGAACCUCACCGAAAGUUGUAGUGCAAUCAUAAUGAACAAGAUGCCUCCAAAGUUAGGAGACCCAGGUAACUUUUCCAUUCCUUGUGCAAUAAAUCGAAUGCAAAUUGAUAAUGCUUUAUGUGACUUAGGGGCUAGUGUUAGCCUUAUGCCAUAUACGGUUUACCAAAGACUUGAUAUAGGGGAGCUUUUGCCUGCCAACAUUACCCUUCAAUUAGCGGAUAGAUCAAUUAAAUUCCCUAAGGGUAAGGUAGAGGAUGUUCCCCUAAGGGUUGGAAAGUUUGUUAUACCGAUUGAUAUUGUUGUGCUUGACAUGGAUGAGGAUAAGCAUAUUCCUAUCAUUUUAGGGAGACCUUUUCUAGCUACUUCCAGUGCUCUGAUUAGUGUGAAAAGUGCUAAAAUUACACUCAAAGUAGGUGAAGAGGUUCUUGAGUUUGAUUUGAAUGCAAGCAUGAAAUAUCCUAAUUCUACUUUAGAGAAAUGCAUGAAAAUUGACACCAUUGAUUGA